UACCAGACCCAUGUCGACCCUGAAGGAGAUCCUUACCCGGCGACCAGUGGCGGCCACCAUCAGGCUGACCGUGCCGGCUGGAGGGGCACGCCCUGCGCCACCUGUGGGUCCGGCGCUGGGUCAGUAUAGGCUCAAUCUCAUGGCGUUCUGCAAGGACUUCAAUGCGCGAACCCAGAAGUACAAGCCAGACACGCCCAUGGCGGUGACUAUCACGGCCUUCAAGGAUAACACCUUCGAAUUCACCGUCAAAUCUCCCUCUGUAACUUGGUAUCUCAAGAAAGCAGCUGGCGUUGAAUCCGGCAGCAGCCGCCCAGGCCACGUGGUGGCUUCUACGCUCUCUCUGAAACACAUCUACGAGAUCGCGAAGAUCAAACAAUCCGAUCCUUAUUGCCAAUACAUGUCUCUUGAAUCCAUUUCCAAGUCCAUCAUUGGCACCGCUAAUACAAUGGGGAUUAAGAUUGUUAAGGAAUUAGAUUGAUUCCUCGAUUGUUGCUUUCCCUCUAUCCAUAGGUUUGAAGCACUCUCUUUCUUUCCACAAUAUGGAUGGCUUCCUAUUUGGGUUAUGAUAGCAGUGAUUGUGCUUCCUCCUUUAUUGGAACUUGAUAGAAUUGAGAAUGGAAUGUUGCACUGUAAUGUAGUUCAGGCCAUGCUUUUACUUGUAAGCUUAGCACAUGUGUUAGGCAAGACAAAAUGAAAUGACGGUUCUUUUAGGGCGGUCUGUCGAAUGUUUCAUUCUUUUCUCAAGUACUGUUAGCCAUACUUGUUUAGUUUAUAAAUGUGUAGUUUCUAAGUACUCUUCUUCAGUUCAUCUUAUAUUUCAUUUUAUUCAAUAUUGAUGGCUUCCCUUCUCAA